GGCCGGUCCUAUUUUUAUCUAUAAAACCCCAUAUUAGUAGCCUGCUAGCAUAGCAAUAUUUCGAAACAGAGAGAGAGAGAGAGAGCGCGCGCUUGGAAAGAUCGAGAAACCAGAGAGAACGAAAAAAUGAAGCAGAUCUUCGUGAAAACUUUGACGGAGAAGACGAUAACUCUCGAGAUCGAGAAUAGCUACACCAUUGACAAUGUUAAGGCUAAAAUCCAAGAGAAGGAAGGAAUUCCAUCUGAGCAGCAGCGGUUGAUGUUUGCUGGGAAACAACUUGAAGAUGGAAGAACUAUGGCAGACUACAACAUCCAGAAAGAAUCAACGCUUCACCUGGCGCUGAGUCUCAGGGGAGGGGGACGUGGACAAAUCACGAUUAAUCCAACUCUUAGGGCUUUGGCUGAAAAAUCCAACGCGCGCAAGAAGAUCUGCCGCAGGUGUUAUGCUCGCCUUCCUCUGAAAGCCACUAACUGUAGGAAGAAGAAAUGUGGUCACACCAAUGAGUUGAGGCUCAAGAAGCCAUUUGACCCCUAAGGCCUAAGCAACUUCGAGUAGAAGAACUGAAGAACCAAUAUAAUGCAUUUCGAUCGUGUUAAUUACGUAUUUUAGUUUAUUGGAUCUAGUCAAUCCUUUUAUUAUGCAUGUAAACAGGAGACUUCUAUAUUAGGGGUAAUAUCAAAUAUGGGGUGUUACUUUAUUUCAAAUCAUCGAUCAUCUGAGUUGGAUAUUUCGUUGUUUAAUACGGAGUAUAUAGUUCGUAUAAACUUCGUAUAUCGUACUUAUGUGUGUCUCUAUAAUUAUACAUUGUCAUUUGCCUUUCUCCCAUUUUGCUUGGUUUGGAUCUAUCCAUGUUUUAUUUAAGUAUUGAUGAAUGAUA